CCGUUGACACUGUGACUGAAAUAAAUUUUAUUUUGAUUUCAGUUCGUGAGUCGUCGUUCGCUAGUCAUGGAUUUCAUACAAAUUACGGUUAUAAUUUGGCUUAUUGUUCCUGCAAUAUUUGCAAAUGAUUUGAAUAUUGCAUUUUGGAUUGAUCCGGUACAGAAAGAUAUCUAUGGAGAUAUUGCGGCAACUUUAAAGGAAAUUGAGGGAUUACAUCUGGAGACGAAAAUAGUUGAUACAGUAAUGGUUAUUGAACCUGGCGACGAUGACGACGACGAGGUGGAUUCAAUGGAGACAAGUGAAAGAAACAUGAGAACUUUCUGUGAUAUACUUUCCGUAUCGGGCAUAUCGAUUAUAUUGGACUUCACCUAUCUACCAUGGCAUCAGGGCUUGGAUUAUGUUCAAGCUCAUGGUAUACCCUACAUGAAAGUCGAUCGUAUUCUCAGACCAUUUAUGCAGAUGUUUAGUGCGUUUCUACAACAAAAGGAUGCAACCGAAGUGGUGAUGUUGCUACAAAAUGAACGCGACAAACGGGAGGCUAUAGAGGAAAUGAUUCGCGGUUUACCAUUUCGAACGCUCAUCUUGAAUGCUGGCGAUGGCAAUCGAACUGAUUUUGUUACAAUCCUAAGGGAUUUACGACCAAGUCCAGGGUACUAUGGCAUUUUUGCCAAAGGAUCGAAUAUGAAUUCGAUAUUUGAUAAGAUUCUUAAAGGAAAUGUGUUUGCCCGUCCAGCCGAAUGGCAUUUCAUAUUUUUGGACACAAGAGAUCGGGUCUUUAAAUACAAAAAGCAGGCAGAAAAUGGCAAUAAAUUUUCUGUGAAUCCAAAGGCAGUUUGUAAGUCGUUGCAAAUGAAGGAUGCCUAUUGUCAGAGUGGAUUUACGUUCCAAAGGGCCUUGCUACUGGAAAUAUUUCGUGCUUUAAUCGACAUUAGACAAAGCAGAUGGUUAGAGCCAAUACUAAUGGAUUGCAAUGUGACAACUUCAGAGACAAUGGAGUAUCUAAAAGAUUUUGAUAUUUUGGAUCAUUUCAAACUGAACGAUUUCAUGACCUUCUCCCCGGUCAAUCCUGAAAAUACUUUUGACGACGAACGGCCGGAGAUGAUUCCGCCAUUGUCAUAUUCUGUCAAUGUUAGCAUAAACUUUUAUUCCUCCGAACAUGAAGCUGUUACCGAUUUAGCUGUCUGGCAAAAUGGUGAAAUGAAGAAAAUCAAUCACACUAUUAGUCCGGCGAAGAGGUUUUUUCGCAUAGGUACUACGGAGGCCAUUCCAUGGAGUUAUUAUCGAAAAAAUCCCAAUACCGGUGAGCUGCUCUUGGACGCAAAUGGUCAACCCAUGUGGGAGGGAUUUUGCAUUGACAUGAUUGAAUCCUUGGCCGAAAAAAUGAAUUUCGAUUAUGAAAUUGUAACACCGAAAAAGGGCAAAUUUGGACGACGUGAUCCCGUAACCCAUGAAUGGGAUGGUCUAGUGGGGGACUUGGUUAGUGGUGAAACAGAUUUUGUUGUGGCUGCAUUGAAAAUGUAUUCGGAACGUGAGGAAUAUAUUGAUUUUUUGGCUCCAUACUUUGAACAGACAGGCAUAACGAUUGUUAUGCGCAAACCCGUAAAACAGACAUCCCUCUUCAAAUUUAUGACCGUCUUACGUCUGGAGGUGUGGAUGAGCAUUGUGGGCGCCUUGGUGUCAACGGCUGUGGCAAUUUGGCUCUUGGAUACCUAUUCACCAUAUAGUGCCAAAAAUAAUAAGAAAGCCUAUCCGUAUCCUUGUCGAGAUUUCACCUUACGCGAAAGUUUUUGGUUCGCUCUAACCUCAUUUACACCACAGGGUGGUGGUGAGGCUCCCAAAGCAAUAUCUGCCCGCAUUCUGGUGGCGGCCUAUUGGUUGUUCGUGGUACUAAUGUUGGCCACCUUCACCGCAAACUUGGCAGCAUUUCUAACCGUGGAAAGAAUGCAGACACCGGUCCAAUCACUGGAACAAUUGGCGAGGCAAUCUCGCAUCAACUACACGGUGGUCGAAGGUUCCGAUACCCAUCACUAUUUCAUCAAUAUGGACUUUGCUGAGAAAACUUUAUAUAGAAUGUGGAAGGAAUUGGCAUUGAAUGCUUCGAGGGAUUUUCAUAAAUUUCGUGUUUGGGAUUAUCCGAUUAAGGAGCAAUAUGGACGCAUUCUUCUGGCCAUUAACAGCUCAAUGCCUGUCGCCGAUGCUGAGGAGGGGUUUCGCAAGGUAAACGAACGUGAAGGUGCCGACUAUGCAUUCAUACAUGACUCUUCGGAAAUAAAAUAUGAAAUUACCAUGAAUUGUAAUUUAACUGAAGUCGGGGAAGUUUUCGCCGAACAACCCUACGCUGUGGCCGUGCAACAGGGAUCACAUUUGGCGGAUCCCAUAAGUUUCGCCAUUCUGGAGUUGCAGAAGGAUCGGUAUUUUGAAGAGCUAAAAGCUAAAUAUUGGAAUCGUUCCCGUUCCAACUGUCCCCUGUCCGAAGAAGAACAAGGUAUAACGUUGGAAAGUUUGGGCGGGGUUUUCAUAGCUACCCUUUGUGGUUUGGGUCUAGCCAUGAUUUCAUUGGUCUUUGAGGUCUUAUGGAAUAAACGUAAACAGAAAAAGAUAGCCGGUGAUAUUGUUCAAGUCAAACCAGUCGAUGUGAAAGAUCCACCAGUAGAAGUUUGGCAUAGUGAAGCAAAAUUAACGCCACCGCCAUCAUUUGAAACGGCCACAUUUCGUGGUCGUAAAAUUCCCUCUGGCAUAACUUUGGGUUCUGAGUUUAAGCCCGGCCGGGUGGGUUUGAAUCGUCGACUGUUAAGUCGCAGACCAGAUGAAGAUACGCCACCAAAGGAUGAAUUGCCAGCCUAUAUGGAAUAAUUUUCGUGUUGGAUUUGAAUUGAAAUAAAUAACAUCACAAUGUAGAAGAGUAGUAUCCAGUGUUGUUGUAUUCUGCACAUUUUUGUCUGUUAAUAAAUUUUUGGUGUUGUUGUUUCAUAAACA